CACGCUGUGGAUGGAAAGAGCUGCCCAUUUGAGCGCUCGCCGCCGGCCCGCGCAGCGUCACUCACAGCCCAUAAACCCCCGGUGAGACGACGCGCGGAUGACAACGGACCGACCCGGACUGCGCCUUUGCCCGCCUCCCCAAAACGCGUGGAUCUCACCGUUUUCUGCAAUGGAUCCCUCUCUGUCACUACCUAGUCACCCGAGUUCACCUUUUUCACCAGUAACUAUCACCACGCGAGUCGUAAACGGUAAGAACCACACGUCGUUGGCGCUGGUGCGAUAAAAAAAAAACCCCAAAAAAAUGCCUUUCCCUGCCCAUUACGCGUGAUUCAUUCGGUGCAAUAUGGACAGCGGGAGCCGAGAAUCGAACUGGACAUCCGCUCCGCAGCACCUGUGGUUGGAGCUGGCGAAUGCGUCGAGCUACCCGACCGCGACCAGUACCCGGGAGGACAGUUUCGUGAGCCUGGUACCGGGGGAUGGAGGUGAUGGAGGAGAGGGGGUGACUACAGCGUCCGUGCAAGCCUACGGGGACUUCGCCACGGCGGUGCAGGUGCUCGUCCUGGUCGGAUCGCUGCUCGGAAACGCAGCCGUCCUGUGGUGCACCUGCUCCACCACCGUGUUCCGCUCCGUCACAAAACGUUUCGUCAAGACCCUGGCGUGCUCGGGGAUUGGCGCCUGUCUGGUGUGCGUGCCCUUUGACCUGGCCCUGGGCUCCAGUCCCCUCUGCUGCUGGUGGAUCCACACCAUCAUCAUCUGCAAGUCCUUCAAGUUCCUCCACAAGCUCUUCUGCUCCGUCACCGUGCUCAGCUUCAGCGCCAUCGCCCUGGACAGGUACUACUCCGUGCUUUACCCUUCGGAGAGGAAGAUCUCGGACGCUCGCUCCCGCGACCUGAUCAUCUACAUCUGGGUGCACGCGGCCGUCGCUAGCCUCCCCGUUUUCGCCGUCACCAAUGUCACCGACGUCUACGCCACUUCCUCCUGCUCCGCAGACCACGCCCACUCCAUCGGUCACAUGAUCUACGUCCUGAUCUACAACCUCACGACGCUGAUCCUGCCGCUCGCUCUGGUCUUUCUCUUCAUGUUGCUGAUCCGGCGAGCGUUGAGCGCGAGCCAAAAGAAGAAAGUCAUCAUCGCCGCACUGAGGACGCCGCAGAAUAGCAUUUCGAUUCCGUACGUGUCGCAAAGGGAGGCGGAGCUACACGCGACGUUACUAGCGGUGGUGUUGGUGUUCUCCGCCUGUAGCGCCCCCUACGGAGUCUUGGUGAUAUAUCGGACAAUUUUAGUAGACUCUAAAGACACGCCCAUGCUGCUUUACCUUACAGCGCUAUGGCUUCCGAAAGUUUCUCUUCUCACGAAUCCGAUUUUGUUUUUGUUGGUGAACAGAUCGGCGCGGCAUAGCUGGUUGGACUUGCUAACCAGGAUUCACAGAAGGUACAGCCGGAGAAACGCGGUGACGACGGGCGCGCUCGGGUCUUUAGGCGUGGAGGGCGGGAUCGGAGAACCUGUCGGACUGGAAACCGCAGGGAGAUCGGGCAGUCAGCUCCUGGAAAUGUUCAAUAUCGGACAGCAGCAAAUCUUUCGACCCGAGGAAGAGGAGGAAGAAGACGCGGAAAACGGGUUAGAAGGUUCGUCCUUGCCCAAAGAGAAAGUUGGAAGUCUGAGGAGCUUGGACGUGGCUCCGAAAAAGGACCAAGGAUUAGUCAAAACGAAGGAAUACCCGGGCCCGAUCGUGAUACCAGCGCGUUCCUCGCCCGGACACACUUGCGCGUACGCUUCUUCUUCUCAGGUGGCCCCCGCUACGCCAGCUACGCCCACCGACGCCGAGGAUGCCACCCAGUGCGGGUUCGGUCCGUUUGAGCUGCCCCCACAAUGGUUACCAGAGACCAGGAACAGCAAGAAGAGACUACUACCCCCUCUGGGUAACACGCCGGAAGAGCUGAUCCAGACCAAGAUGCCUCGCCCCAAACCGGAGCGAAGGAUCAGCCGCAACAACAAAGUCAGCACUAUACCAGCGGUGGAGAACUAGAAGACAAAACUAACUGUGUGGUUUUUGUUUUUAAAAUCAAUAUUUGAGUGAAUGAUAAUUGACUGACAAUGACUCCAGCAGCUCAAAAGUAAAGUGUGAGUUUAACUUGUACAAAACAAUGUUAAGAUAUUGUUCAGUUUUUGUGGCACAAAUGGACCUUGGAGAAAAAUGUGAACGGUUUAAAGGUUGUAUGGAGGAUUUUUUUAGUUUCAAAUUGUCAGUGAAAGUUCAAACUAGAUGCAGCAGCCUUGUAAUUAUGAUGACCAAAAAACAAAAGAAUGAAAAUCCAUCAACUGUGGACCGCAUUAUCUAUUGGCUCUUAGGUUGUCAAUCAAACUCGCUACGUUUCUAGCGUAACUGACUCAUCGGCGCGCUGGGAUUACGUGGUUUACGUUCGCCACUUACACUUUCCACAUACGCAAGAUGCUUUUUACUUGACCAAAGCAUCGGUUCUUAGCAGGCUUUUUCCAACUGUAGCUUCCUCGCAGUUUGCACAUAGUUUUUUUGCGAUGGCAGACAAGAAUCCACGACCAGUU